AUGCCACGCUCUGCCACUCCACCCCGUGCCGUGGGCACCCGCGGGUCCAGCCGCAGCCGAGAUUUUGUCGAGUCUGGUGCCAAUCAGAAGGAGCAGACGACCGUAGCACAGCAGUUCCUGCAGGCGGCUGUGGAUGGGAUGGCAACUGGUGCCGUCACCGUACUGCGCAAAACCUUGCCGGCUGGGCUGCGCCCAGCAGCUUCGCGCUCCCCACGGAGCAAGAGCCAACGCAAAGAAGAGACGGUCCGGCGACACUCGGCCCAUGCCCCUGCCAGCACGAAAGGAAGUGCCAGAGGCGCAUCGGCCUUCCUCUUCAACGAAGACCGGCUGCAGCGCAGGGAGUCCAGUCAUUCCCUCAGUGCAGCGACUGAAGCCGCGGUGCACGCCAUUGCCACAGAGAUCUUGGAAGCGGAGGAGAUCACAACGUCGGCGCCGAGAGAUGAAGCGGCUCAGUCCAGCCGCGACUUGUGCCAGAUGCUGGCGCCCCGGACACAACCGCCUGACCCAUGGGCUUCCAGUGAGUCAGAGGCCGAGUCUGAAGAUUCCAAGAAAGAGGAGUCAUCGGCAUCGGCCUCUGCACGUUUGUCAGCACCCGCCAUUCAGGACGAGGCCAGCGCCUCCCUUUCAACGCUCCGGAGCUCCGGAUCGGGGGCGCCCUCUGCGGAGCCCGAGGGCGAGCCCUCCGAGCCGCGCCGCAGUCGCGGGCGGGAGCGCGGAGGACCGCGCCAAAGCUCCCCGUCACCGACCGACGCCGCCCGCUUGCACCGCGCGCUGAGCCAAGUUCAGACCUGCACCUCGAAAGGCCACUUCUCCGAGGCCAUCCAGGCCUGCUUGCCGGCACUUCACGGCCCACAGGAGGUUGUGGACAUCAUUGGCAGCCUGCUUGCUGCUUGGCAGGCCAGCCUCAAGAAGCAGAAGAGAGAAUGCCAAGAUGCAAUGGAAGCCCUGGUGUCUGAGGUUACUUCUGCGAGGGAGAAGGACUCUCCAGAAGUGUGGCGCUUGUUGGAGGAGAUCGAGGAGCGUGAGUCAGAAGUAACCGAAGAGGUGCAGAAGAGAGCCGAGCUUCAACAGCACGUCCAGGCGUUGGACCAGGAGUUGCGAGCGGCCCAGAAUGACAUCAGAGCCGCGCAGGAUCGCGCUGAUCAGUGGCGCAGGCUUAAGGAUGACAAGGAAAGGGAGCUGUUCGCACAGAUCCGCAAGCGUGAGGAUGCGGAGAGGGAGGUCUCCUUCUUGCGUCAGUCAGCAUGGCUGGCAGAACGAACUGCCAGAGAGAACGCUUCCCUGAAGAAGCGUCUCCAGCUGGCUGAGGCAAAUGCUGCGAACCAGGAGCCAUCGGCCCUGGCGCGACAGAUCGCCGAGUCAGAGUGCAGUCCGUUACGGCGCUGCACCAGAGAGUCGCGAGCUGCCGUGAAGAAAAAGCUGAUGGUGAAGUGGCAUCCGGACAAGCAACCUUCCCCGGAGCAUGUGGACUUGGCCACGCAGGUCAUGCAAGCCUUGCAAAACCAGCCGGAAUGGAGUCCGGAUCUGGGCUGCAUCUGGGUGCAGAUGAGGCGAGGCAAGCUACCACAGGUCCUGGGCUUGCAGCUCAGGGCGUCCUGGGCCUCAAGCAAGGCCCUGGAGCUUCUGACAGAGGAGGAGAAUGAGUUGACCCAAAGAAGGGUCGAAUUUGAGGCGUGGUGUCAGAAGGAGGCGGCCACGCAGGAGAAGCAGAGGCAGGAGCUCCUUGAGCUGCGGGGCAGCUUCAGUGGAGAGGACUCGGACGACGAGUCGUUCGAUGUGCCCUCUCUGCUCAACACAGCAAAGCAGCUGCAACUUCUACAGUCAGAAAAGAUGGUAGAGCCUUCUGCUCGCAGCAAUCUCGACCUGGCUGUGCAGUGCCUCUCCGAGCUUGAGUCCGAGCUGGUGGCUCGAGCCUCGAGUUGGGCCUUCAGCGGGGAGAGGCAGAGCCUCGAGGCGGUAAGGAAAGUGCUCGGCGACGCGAGGGCGCAGAAGGCAAUGUCGCUGAGCCAGCAGCCGAACCUCACUGGCACACUGCCGACUGCUCAGCUGGAGAUGCUGAAGGCACGGCAGCUGCAGGCAGCAGAGGCCCAGGCUCUCCGCCGCGCCAAGAACCUCGCGGCACGCAGCGGACGGCAGGUGUUGGAUGCCGCAGUGGCGCAGACAAACGCAGCUCUCUCAGAUGCCGCCGGCAUUUGUGGCUUGGGGCGUGCUGUCCUGAACCGUACAGAGAGCAAAGCAAAGCAGUUGGUGAAGCAGGCGCUUGAGCUGAUAGGCAGAGCUGAGGGCGCCGCGGAGGCAUUGGCCAGCUCCCAGGCAAAUGCUCAGGCUCCUGCGGCGGCCACAGGCUCGAUGGAGCCUCACACGGAUGCCACGCCUACACCCGAUGUGACUCAUGCACUCUCAUCAGCACCACUCGAACACCUCUUGAGGGUCUCCCAAGAGCUGCAGCAACAGCAAAAGCAGAUGCAGCAGCAGAUGGCCGAGCUCAAGCAGCUGCAGGCUGAUGCGCAUCACGCGGCCGCAGACACACUGACUCUUCCUGUCGAACCUCAAGUAAACGCCAUCAAAACGACAUCGGAAGAGUCGGCUACCCCACUCGAUGUGCAAAGCUCAUCUCCAGCCCCACACCAUGCUAAGGCUUCCAUGUCGCUUGCAGCAGAGGUGGCGCAGGAAAGCAAGCUGGAAGCAAGCGAGUCUGAGGAGUCGGAGGAGAAAGCCCCGGAGCUUCCACGUGUGGGCAAGUCAAAGAGGCAUCACACACUGGAGCCACGUGACAGCCAUGAGGAGCAGACCAGGGCACCGAAAGCCCACAGUGAAGUUGAAGACAUUCCCAGGAUGCAAGCACCGAAGGACUUCCCUGCUGCUUUGAGGGGCGGCUGGCAAGGCCUGCUCGCCAAGAAGCGCGCGGAAACCAAGAAAAAGCCCUCGAAGCCGGACGACUCCCUCGGAAUCAUGGAGUUGAUGCAGACACCGAAGACGUACACGGCUUGGCAGCCGGAUGAGGGUGCGGCCCAAAGUACUGCCAAGGCCAAGGCAGCCAAAGAGGACUUCUUGGCAGCAGAGAAAGCGCUGGAUGAGGAGGAUGGUGAGGACGAAAAGCAGGUGAAGACUGAUGUGCGAUCCUUCUGGCCAGAACAUGCCUCGUUGGCCGAGCCUUUGGCCUUCUUCCAAUUCGCAUCAGCAAUACAGCGCCCCGCUCUGUCUGCACCACAAGUGCAGGACAACCUUGUGGCGAUGCUGAUCCGCAAGUUCGCCCUUGCCACAAACAGCACUCUGCUCAUGGAGCUUUCACAAGAGCAGCUCAACAAAGAAGUCUUGCAGUCAUUGCUGCAAAAACUGGAAACAGAGUCGCCGGACACGGGCGACGCCCAAGAUACCGAGCUCAGAAAGAUGUGUGAGGCAUAUCAGCAAGAGAGCUCGAAGAACCUUCAGGAGGAUCUCUCCAAUGAGGUUCACACCCAUUACAUGGAAUCCAAGGCGCGCGAGGAGCAGAAGGUCCUCCAGCGGGAGGUCGCGGCCCGCGAGCAUCUCCUCCAGGCCUUUGGAAGCACCUCUCAUCGGCUGAUGGCUGCAAAGCAACUGAUACAGCAUGGAGCUACUUCCGACAGGGAUAGGUUCCAGCAGCUCAGCCAGGAAGUGGAGAAACUUGGACAGAGCCAGCCGAAAACAGAGCUGCAGAUCUUGAUGAGCAGCUUUGGCAACCUCGUCCAGCAGGAGGAGCAGGUACUGGCUGAUGCCGUGGUUACAGCGGUAUCACGCCAAGAGCAAGCCGAGUCUCACGACCAGCACGAGCUGGAAGAGCUGAAAAGCCAGAUGGUGAAACUCAAUUCGUCUGCGCAACAAGCGUCAACAGCGGUGAAGACUGAGCGCGGCAAACUUGAGCGCAUCUGCACUGUGACAAUGAAGGGCAUCAACGCCCGUCACUUGCAGCAUGAGGCGCAGUGUGUAGCAAUUCGGUCUGCAAUAGCCCUGGUGAGCGAGCUCACCUUGCCAUAG